AACAAAGAAAAGACGUGAAAAGAAAAAAAUUUGAAAAUGUUGGUUAUUUUGGCACUUCUUGUCGUUUUGGGGAGUCUUGCUUACUAUUAUUUGACUCACAAUUAUGGAUAUUGGAAGAAACGAGGAAUUGCAGGUCCAAAACCAAAACUUUUCGUGGGAACUUUGCCGAGCACUUAUAACAAAAGUGUUCACUUGAUCGAUGAAUUGGACGAAAUUUAUAAAACAUACAAGGGCAAAGAGAGUGUUGUUGGAAUUUAUCGCGGAGUCGUCCCAGAAUUGCUGAUUUUGGAUCCCGAAAUCGCCAAGAGCUGCAUGACGACACAUUUCAAGCAUUUUGGGAAUCCUGGAAAUGUAAUAGGAAAUGUCGAUAAAGAAAUUGAUCCAUUAGGAGGUCGAAAUCCAUUUUUCUUGAAAGGCGAGGAAUGGAAAGAAAAGCGCGCGGAAAUUUUACCUGCUUUUUCCAGCGGAAGAAUUAAGGCACUUUUUCCCGUUAUGCAAGCAGUUGCUGACAACAUGAAACAAUACAUCGAAACUCAAAUGGAAACAAAUGAAGAUAUUGAAACACGUGAAUUGUGUGCCAAAUACACAACAGAUGUCGUUUGCAAUUCAAUCUACGGCGUUGAUUCGGGAGCAUUUUCCGGACAAAAAUCUGAAUUACGAGACAUCGCUCGAAACGUUUUUAACUUCCCUUGGUACUUUUACGUGGUUCUUGCUUUGUCGCCCACAUUUCCCAACAUCGCAAAAUUGUUCAGAUUCCGUUUUGUUCCUGAAAAAUAUGCAAAAUUUUUAACAGAUUUACUCCAACAAACCAUCAAAUAUCGCAAAGACACAAAAUUGGAACGUCAGGAUUUCGUCGAUUUUCUCAUUCAUUUGCAAGAAAAGAAGGGAAUAAGUGACGUAGAGACAGCUGCUCACACUAUAACUUUCUUCUUCGAUGGCAUUGAGACUUCUAGCAUCACUUUGUCUUUCGUACUGUACGAAUUGGCGAAAAAUAAGCAAUUUCAAUACAAAUUACGGGAAUUAUUGAACGAAGUUAAGAAAGAAGACGGCACUUUUGACUACGAAUCUGUUGUAGAUCACGCAUUUUUGGAUCAAGUUGUCAUGGAAACGAUGCGCGUUCAUCCUGUGGUGCCGCAAUUGACUCGCGAAUGCACCGAAACAUUCGAAAUGGAGUUGCCGGAAGGCAAAAAAGUGACAAUUGAUAAGGGCAUGAACAUUGGAUGGCCUCUUGCAAACAUUUUUACAGAUCCGGAGUAUUAUGGACCGACUGCUGAUCAAUUCGAUCCGGAACGCUUCAAUGAGGAAAAUGGCGGAAUGAAGCAAUAUAAGGAUAAAGGAGUUCUUUGUCCAUUCGGUGAUGGUCCUCGUAUCUGUUUGGGACAGCGAUUUGCCCAAACUCAGAUCAAAUGUUGCAUCGCUCAUAUUGUGACGAGUUUUGAUAUUUCUUUGAGUCCAAAUAUGCCGGAGAAGCCUGAAUAUAAUCCAAUGCAUAUACUUUUGUCCUACAAAGGAGGAAUUUUCUUGAAAUUUAAAGCGAUAAAACAUUAAUUUGAUGUUUGUGACGUAAUUUCAGUGAAAUAAAUGUUCUUUUUUGUUAAAA